ACAAGUUAACAUAAAUCAUUAUCUGCCCUUGUAACGAACAUUAUGAUCACGAACGAGAAGAUGCAGAAAAAGUCGUUUCUAUUGAGCCGCCUCAGGGUGGCGGUGAAGAAGAUGAAGCUGCUACUAAGCGCCACCGUACUCAGCCAUGCGUGGCAUGCUGCAACCAUUCUCCGCGGCGUUUCUAUGAGCAAACGACAGAUUAGUUUCAACGACCGACCAGGGUUGAUGAUGUGCACUGCUUCAUCAGAUGAAACUGAUUCGGAGGGUUUGGUUUCUCCAGCGCAUCAUAGCCUUCAGAGGACCAUAAGCUGUCCCUCUGAUGAUGAUAUCGAUAAAAGAGCAGAGAUGUUUAUAAGUAAUUUCAGACGGCAGCUUAACAUGGAGAGGCAAAUCUCGCUGCAGCUACGCUAUUGCAGCCAAAAUAGUUUUGAAUUGGUGUCUCCCUGAUUAAUUGUUGAGGUUUUUUUGUUUAUCUUCAAAUGGAGGACUUUGUGUUUUUUCCAGGGAAGGACCUCCAUUUUGCAGUCUGCGAUGAUCGCCAAGAGAACGUGGACAAAAUUUGUGAAAAGGAUUUUGGAUUGAUUUUGAAGGCUAAGGUUUUUUUUUUUUUUUUCAUUUGUAAAGUUUUGGAUUUUUGGUAUAGUUUUAUUCUUGUGUGAUUUGCAGCGAUUAGAAGGGCCUGGGAGCAUAUGCUGUUUUUGUUAGCUGCUCCUUUGCUCUCAUGUAUUUGUUUCUUUCUCAUUGACCCUAGCUACACCUUACUAUAUAAUAAAAUUUGUCAUUCUUGAAAAGAAUAUUCCUUCAAGGUCGAA